AUGCCAGCGAUUGCCGGCAUCUCCAUCUCUCUCGUGAUGGUUCUCCAGGCCUAUAGCUACGGCAUCCAAUCGGAUCUACUGGAAGGUGCACCGUGGGGAACGCUCGGGGUUGGCACGGCCGUGCUGGUGGCUUUCUCUGCCAUGGUUUGGGUGCCCAGGCCUUGUUGGCGUCCCGGGGGCCUGUCCAACGCAGACCCGAAGGAGCCCCUCCUCGACUCGCCAACCAGGAGCCCACUGGAUGAUGACGAGUUCCUUGCAGAAGCGGAGGAGGCGCCCGGCCGGCUCCUGCGCGAAGAGGCUCUAGAGCGGCGGCCCCGACGGCGUGUCAAGGGCGGACUGUCGCACGCAGCGAACUUCAGGAUGAUGAGAAGAGCUCAGAAGAUCACGGCCUCAUGGGCUGCCGUGCUGUCGGCCAAUGGCAUGCGACUGGUGGUCAACGGCCAGGUGAUGCUCGUCAGGUUGGAGGGCCGGCAGCUGUACGUGGAUUCAGAGGCGGUCCCGCUACAGGAGAUCGCCUUGCAACUCGAUGGCCGAGUUCUGAUCAUCUUGCUGACGGACGCAUGCCAUGCCCAAGGCUUCCGCAGCUUCCAGAUCGACCUGGACGACGCAGAGGCUGCUGUAGAGCUAGCCCUGACGCUGAAGGUACUUCGAGCAGAAUCAGACACAGGAGCUGGCGUCGGAUGGCUCAUUGACAG